GCCACUCGCCUCCGACGACAAUGCGUCUCCUGGGAGUAUUCGCUCUACAAAUCGCCCUCUCGAUACCCGCGGGGUACGCGGCCAAUAUAGCCCAGUGCCGCUGCCUUUUCGGAAACGAUUGCUGGCCCUCCCAAUCCGACUUCGACUCGUUGGCGCAGAAGGUCUCUCAGCCGCUCAUCCAUCCCACGCCGUUCGCGCAGCCCUGUUAUGUCGACGCGAACUCGGCCGAAUGCGCCGCUAUCAUCGCCAAUCAGACCGAUAGCAACUUGCGGGCGGACCAGCCAGGCGCAAUGCAGGAGCCCAACUUCGAGACGUUCACGUUUCCUAACGGCACCAUUGAUGCUUGCUACCUGAACGUCACCCUCGGUAUUCCGUGCCAUCAAGGCAGCGUGUCCGUUAUCGGCGUCGAUGCCCGCACUGUUGAGGACAUUCAGGUGGCGGUGACAUUCGCCGCUGAGCACAACCUCCGUCUUGCAGUCAAGAACACAGGGCAUGACUUCUUCGGACGGAGCGACUCGCGGGGCUCCUUCGUGAUUUGGACUCACCACAUGAACAACUUCACCGUGCACCAAAGCUUCCAGCCGACCGCGGCGCUCUCAAACGAGACAUACGAAUUCGCUCUCACCGUCGAGGCUGGGGUACAGUGGCAUGAAGCAUACUCAGCCGCUGAUGCCUCCGGGAGGACCAUAGUCGGCGGAGUCACGGCGGGUGGCUCUGUAGGUGCAGCUGGAGGUUGGCCUGCCGGGGGAGGGCACAGCGCUCUCACCCCCACCUUCGGUUUAGGCGUCGACAAUAUCCUCGAGAUGACCCUGGUCACCGCGAACGGUACCUUCCUCGCCGCGAACCCGCACAUCAACCCCGAUCUCUUCUGGGCUCUGCGAGGCGGCGGCGGCGGCACUUACGGUAUAGUCACCUCCGUCACGUACCGCACGCACCCCCGUGUGCCCGUCAUCGGCGCCUUCUUGGGCGUCGGGGCCAAUGCCUCCCAGCCGACCGCCGCCCUCCUCGCGGCGUUCACCGAGCUUGUGCGCAUCACUCCGAACCUCACGGACGCCGGCUGGGGCGGGUACACGGACAUCGUCCCCGCAUUUGCGGGCGGCGGCGCGGUCGGGUUCUCGAUCACGUACAUUCUCCCGAACGUGUCGUGGGCGGCGGCAAACGCGACAAUUCAGCCCUACUUUGACUUCGUCAAUGCGCUCGCUGCGAACUCGAGCGGGGAUGCGGCUCCGACGGUGCUCUCGUUUGCGUUCACCCAGCAGUACACGUCGUUCUUCGACUGGUACAAUCAGAACGUAGAUGAGACCGGGGGCGUCGGUUUCAACCUCGAGCUCGGGUCCUGGCUCCUGCCCCGUUCGACGCUUGAAGGCAACCCCCAGGGCGUGGCAGCGACCGUGCUGGGGACCACAGCUGGGUACUACCUCGUCGCCGGGGGCGCGGCCUCGCGCGUCGACCCAGAUGCGGCUGGGAUUAACCCCGCUUGGCGCAAGGCAGCCGUACACGUUGUCGGCGGAGCUACUUGGGCGGACGGCACGACCUCUCACGAGAUCAACGCACUACGAGCGGCUCUGAGCGACCGAAAUGCUCAGCUGCGCUCGCUCGCUCCGGAGUCUGGGGCGUAUUUCAACGAGGCUUCGCCAUUCGAACCGGACUUCAAGCAGGCGUUCUUCGGGUCGCACUACGACAGGUUGAGGGCGAUCAAAGGGGUGUACGACCCGCAGGACCUGUUCAUAGUCACCGAGGGUGUUGCCUCAGACGAGUGGGACUCGACGCUGAACUGUCGCAUCUGAGCUGAACCGACGUUUCGGCUAGUGUACAGCACACAUUGAACACGCG